AUGGAGACAGAACUGUUGCCAGACGAAUCACGAUGGCGCCGCGACGGUAGAUGGGUUCAACUUGGCCUUUUUGCGAGGCAGUAUUGUUUUGAUGAUGAUGAUGGAAGCGCAGAAAUAGAGGGAGCAGAAACGUUUGGCCUAGGAGGAAGAAGAGAGGCUUGGAUAUGGGAGAGAAAGAUGGGCGAGAGCGUGCUAGUUGAUGAUUUGGGGGACUCCCUUGGGGAGAAAAGAGAAGCACCAUCCAAUGAAGAUGACGGCGAAAGGGGAGAGAUGGACUCCCGACGAGGAGAAGUAAAGAGACUACUGUUGAUGCUUUCAGACAUAUUCGUAGCCUAG